CUGCCACCGAGGACCCCUCACCUACGCCACCAUGACCGACGGCAUGAUGCGCUCCGAGCAGAUGGCGCUCACCCAGAUGUACAUCCCAUCGGAUGCGGCCCACUCGACCAUUUCGGCGCUGGGCAUCUUCGGCAUGACCGAGCUCCGUGACCUCAACAGCGAUGCCAACCCCUUCCAGCGCCGGUACACCACCCAGAUCCGUCAGUGUGACGAGCUCGAGCGCAUCCUCCGCUACCUCAGGGAGGAGUGCACCGCGGCCGGACUCCAGCCGGAAGAACCAUACAACCUGCCGGCCGACUGGACCAUCCAGACGCCGCAGGUGCUGACCGAGCUCGGCCAGCGCCUGGCCCACCUGGAACGCGAGGUCCGCGGCGGGGCCACCAGCGAGCAGAGCCUCCGCCGGAGUCGCCACGAGUUGCUGUCCCUGCGGGCCAUCACCCGCGCGGUGGACCGGUUCUUCGAGGAUGAGCCGGCCCAGGCGGCCAUGGGGGCCACCCUGCUGAAGCCGGCGUCCGUCGACAACCUGGACCACAUCCAGCCACGCAACUAUCGCUUUCACAAUGCCCAGGCGCAGGACGACCACCAUCUGCUGCUGGGCACCGGGGCCGGCCAUGCCGAGGCCAUCGAGCUGGGCGACCUGACGCAAACCGAGUCGCCCACCCUGCAGGACAUGGACUCCUACUCGCCCACCCUGCAGCCGAUCAAUCCGUCCUCGCUCAGCUUCAUCUGCGGCAUCGUCGAGCGCACCAAGCGCUCGGCCAUGGAGUCGGUCCUGUGGCGCUCGCUCCGGGGGAACCUCUACUCCAACUUCUCCAGCUUGGAGGUCCUGAUCCAGGAGGACGAGGACCUGGACGCCGAUGUGGCCAGCCUGCACGGGCCCGGCCCCGACGGGUCCGCCGACGCCAAGUGGCUUCCGAAUGUCAUGUACGAUUGCUUGGUGGUGCUGGUCAAAUCCGGAUCCCUGCUGGACCGCGCCCAGAAGGUGGUCACCGCCUUCGGUGCCUCUGUAUACCCCUGCCCGGGAAAUGGAUCCGACCGGGAGGAACUCCGCAGCCAGAUCGGCAUUCGCAUUGACGACCUCCGACGGGUCCACAGCCAGACGGUGGCCCACCGCAAACGCACCCUCGCGCAGGUGAGCGAGGCCCUGCCGGAAUGGCAACGCCUCGUCGCCCGGGAGAAGGUCACCUACUCCGAGAUGAACAAGCUGUGCUUCGAUGUGACAUCUAGCUGCCUGAUCGGCGAGGCGUGGGUACCACGGCGCGACCUGCCCGAGCUGAGCAGACGCCUUGACGAGGCAUCCGCCAAGGCCAACAGCGAGGUGCCCACCAUUUUGCGGACCCUCUCCACCCGGCAGACACCGCCCACCUUCUACCGGACCAACAGCUUCACCUCCGGCUUCCAGGCGCUCAUUGACUCGUAUGGCAUCAGUCGCUAUGGCGAGGUCAAUCCCGGCGUCUAUGCCAUCAUCACCUUCCCCUUCCUCUUUGCCGUGAUGUUCGGCGACCUGGGGCAUGGCUUCAUCAUCACCAUCAUCGCGCUGGCCAUGAUGGCGUACGCCAAGCCGCUGGCGCGCCUGUCCCGCGGCAACGAGAUGGUCGGCACCUUCUUCCACGGCCGGUACAUCAUCCUCCUGAUGGGGCUCUUCUCCCUGUACACCGGGCUCAUCUACAAUGACAUCUUCUCCAAGGGCAUGCCUUUGGGCAAGAGCGGCUUUGACUUUCCCCCGCCCGCGCCCGGGCAGCAGGUCGUCCACGGCACCUUCAACGGGCACAUCUACACCUUCGGCCUGGACCACGCCUGGCACGGGUCCGACAACAUGCUGAUCUUCAUGAACUCCUACAAGAUGAAGAUGUCCAUCGUGCUCGGUGUCAUCCAGAUGCUCUUCGGCAUGGGCCUGCAGGUGGUCAAUUAUCUGAACAUCGGCGACCGGCUGGACAUCAUCAUGGAUUUCAUCCCGCGGCUGCUAUUCAUGGUUUGCAUCUUCGGCUACCUCAUCUGCAUGAUUGUCUACAAGUGGACGGUCGACUGGUCGACCCGGCCCACGGCGCCCUCGCUGCUGAACAUGCUCAUCAAUAUGUUCCUCUCGCCGGGGCACGUCCCGGCCGAUGAGCGCCUGUAUUCCGGCCAGGAAACCGUCCAGCUGGUUCUGGUGGUUGUGGCCCUCGUGGCCAUUCCGUGGAUGCUGCUGACCAAGCCGCUGGUCCUGCGCGCGCGGCACAAGCGCCAGCUUCGCCGCAACGCCGGCCAGGGCCUGCUCGGGACCUACACCCAGCCGGGGCCGGUGGAGGCCCCGGGCGGCGAUGCGCUGUCCUCCGACUCGGAUGAUGCCAGUGCGUCGGACGUCCCGCUGACCGGGCUCGGCCCGGGGCCGGCCGCGCUUCACCCGAACCCGGGCCCGGAAACCGCGGCACCCCUGAUGGGCGCCACCGGCGGCCUGGCCCCGGUGGAGUCCAGCCUCUCGCGGCGCCUGGCCGUGGCCGAGGCCACCGACGGGGCCCUCUACAUGGACAUGGAGGCCGGGGCCGAGGAGGAGUUCGACUUCGGCGAGAUCUUCAUCCACCAGGCCAUCCACACGAUUGAAUUUUGCCUGGGCGCCAUUUCCAGCACGGCCUCCUACCUGCGGCUGUGGGCCCUGUCGCUGGCGCACGCCCAGCUGUCCACCGUCCUCUGGGACAUGACCCUGCAGAUGAUCCUCAACCUCGAGGACCCGAUCGUGGCCGGCGUGCUGCUGGUGGCCGGCUUCGCCGUGUGGAUCACCCUCACCGUGGCCAUCAUGUGCAUGAUGGAGGGCCUGUCGGCCUUCCUGCAUGCGCUGCGUCUGCAUUGGGUGGAGUUCAACAACAAGUUCUUCUUCGGCGAUGGCCGCGCCUUUGAGCCCUUCUCUUGGGAGCGUGUCUUCGAUGAGGAGUGAGCCGGCCCAUGUGUCCCUGCCGCCGCCUCCCCCCGCCCCCCCCCCUUCCCCGGGGCGAGGCGGCGUGGCCAUGCACAUGCGCACGCAUACCCACACAUACAUACAGACACACAUUGUGUACAUGCCCUGCCCUUGAAAAAUAUACCUACGUAUGCGUGCGCACGAA